GACGGCCACCACGGCCGUCCGCGGGAGGGCGGGCCUGCUCCCGGGCCCUGGGUGGGACGCUUGGCGGUGGACGUCUCCGAGAAGGGGGGCGGGGAGGUGGGCGUGGCUAGAGAAAGAACAUGGCAGACAAGGGCACCCCCUCCCAGGACUACCCAGUUACAGCCUCCGGCGGGUGUUCGUCUCCAAAGAGGCUCUCUUCUACUCAGAAAUUGCAGAGACCUCUGAGCUUUGAGGAUUUCCCCCCACCCACUCACUUCUUAGGAUCCCCAGAAUGAGCUGGAGGCCUCUUCCCCCUUCCUCUCUCAGGGCGGUGGUCAUCGGUGUUCUCAGGCCAGUCGCCCAUCCCAGAUAGCCUUGUUUACGAAGGAUUUCCUCUCCGGGAGAGGCCUGUGUACAGAUCAUUUUCCAUCCUCUCCACCCGCGAGGUGGACGUGCCACCUCCUGGGGUUGUUUACCGGGCCUGUAACUAGGACCCCAGGAAGAAGCCAUGUCUACUUGGGGGUUUGCUUCCCCGACCCCUGACCGCUUUGCGGUGUCUGCGGUCGCAGAGGACAAGGUUCGGGAGCAGCAGGCUCGCGUGGAGCGCAUCUUCAGCGUGGGAAUGAGCGUCCUUUCCAGAGACUGCCCAGAGAACCCUCACAUCUGGCUGCAGCUUGAGGGCCCCAAAGAAAAUGUCUGCAGAGCCAAGGAAUACCUGAAGGGGCUCUGCAGCCCAGAACUGCAGAGUGAAAUCCGCUUCCCACCCAGACUGCACUGCGUCUUCCAGGGAGCCCAAGGCCUCUUCCUUGACUGCCUGUCCUGGAGCACGUCUGCCCACCUGGUGCCCCUGGCUCCCGGCUCUCUGAUGAUCAGUGGCCUCACUGAGGCAUUUGUGAUGGCCCAGAGCCGGGUGGAGGAGUUAAUGCAGCGGCUGAGCUGGGAUCUUCAGCUGCCGUCUUGUCCUGGAGCCUCUGCCAGUGCUGGAGUGCUGAGAGACUUCUCGGCCCUGCUGCAGACCAGGGUGGAUGCCUACACAGAGGCCCUGCUGCAGCUGCCCCUGGCUGUCCAGGAGGAGCUCCUAAGCCUGGUACAGGAGGCAUCCAGAGAGCAGGGGCCACAGGCGCUGCCCUCUCGUGAGCAGGGGAGCCCGGGCCUGUGGAGUGCUCAGUUCCAGGGAGUUAGGGCUCCCUUGAAUGAAGGUGGGGAACCCCCGGGCACUGGAGUGGCGGGGUGGGGAGAGUCAAGGGCAGCAAGAGGAGAAAGUCACACUAUGGAGAAGAGGGGAAGGAAACAGGAUGGUGUCAGGGACAUGUAUCCAGGGCGGAAGGAGCCGCCUGGGGAACACGUCUGGGAGAGAGGGGUGGCUUUUAAGUCGCAACCGGCAGGCGCAGGAGCAGAAGAGGCAGCAGCACCCUUGAAGGGAAAGGCCUCGGGGAAGGAGGAGGGGCCUCAGCAAAGAGGAGGGUUCCCUAUGCAGGAUGAACCUUCCGGUGCCCAUGUGCCCCCUCAGAGGGCAGCUCCAACUCGGGGAGCCUCUCUCCUCCAGCGGCUCCAUAAUGGGAAUACCUCACCCCCAAGAGUACCUAGCCCCCCACCUGCGCCGGAACCCCCGUGGCACUGUGGGGACCGAGAUCGGGGAGACAGGGGAGACAAGCAACAGGCUGGCGCUAGAAGUCGAGGGUCUCCAUGGAAACGAGGCACUCGAGGGGGCAACUUGGUGACUGGCACUCAGCGGUUCCAGGAAGCCUUACAGGAUCCUUUCACCCUGUGCCUUGCCAAUGUGCCCGGCCAGCCAGAUCUCCGUCACAUUGUCAUCGAUGGCAGCAACGUGGCCAUGGUGCACGGCCUCCAGCACUACUUUUCAAGCCGAGGCAUUGCUCUUGCUGUGCAGUACUUCUGGGAUCGCGGGCACCGUGACAUAACCGUCUUUGUGCCGCAGUGGCGCUUCAGUAAGGAUUCCAAGGUCAGAGAGAGUCACUUCCUGCAGAAGCUGUACUCACUGAGUCUGCUUUCCCUGACACCCUCACGAGUCAUGGAUGGCAAGAGGAUUUCUUCCUAUGAUGACAGGUUCAUGGUGAAGCUGGCUGAAGAGACUGAUGGGAUCAUUGUCUCCAAUGACCAGUUCCGGGACCUGGCAGAGGAGUCUGACAAGUGGAUGGCGAUCAUCAGAGAGCGCCUGCUGCCUUUCACCUUUGUGGGGAACCUCUUCAUGGUCCCAGAUGACCCCCUGGGGCGAAAUGGCCCCACCCUGGAUGAGUUCCUGAAGAAGACAGACAGGAAACAGGGCUCUUCUAAGGCUCACCAGCCCCCCAGAGGCCCCCCAGAGCAUGGGAAUCAGCAGCAGGGGAAGCAGGGGAAGGAAGAGGAAACAGGCAGCGGGGGCAUUCGGAAGACCCGGGAGACAGAGCGGCUCCGGCGCCAGCUGCUGGAGGUGUUUUGGGGUCAGGACCACAAGGUGGACUUCAUCCUGCAGCGGGAGCCAUACUGCCGGGAUAUUAACCAACUUUCGGAGGCCCUGCUGAGCCUCAACUUCUGAGCCUUACUUGCUUGCCUAGCUGCUGCCCUACCAGAUUCAGCGUCCCCCAGCCCAGCCCAGCCCAGCCCAGCCCCUUCUUUACAGUCCCCUCUGCUGCUCAGACUGUGACCCAGAUGGUGCUUUGGCUUGAGAAGGGGAUUUGAGUGUGGGAAUAAUCUUGCCUUGGGGUACUUUGAGUACAGGUCCAUAAAAAGUGACUCAAGCUGAGCCAGGACCGCAACCAGCUCUUAGGUUUGAUCAGAUCGAACCCCCCGAACCUCAUCUUUGCAAAGGGUUUCUGUAGGGUGUAGACGCUCCUCCUGAAGACUGGGAGCGUUGGCCUCACCUCCAAGGUAAACUGAGUUGGAGCCUAGGGUAAGCUGGAGGUGGCACAGAGGGCUAAAUUGAGGAAGGCGGCAUCCUUCUGGGUUCCUAGGAGAGGCUGAGCUGGCUGGGAUCUGCAGGGGCCACAGUGCUGUGUGGGCUGUUGCAUUGGGACAGCAGAGACCAGAAGGCAGAGGGGCGGGGGUCCCAGUCUCAGGUAUGUCUGCCUGUGACCUGGGCGGAGUCGCUUGGCCUUUACUAUGUCUAGAUAUUAGGCAUAAAAAAAAAAAAAAAAAACCUUUGAGAGGAAUGAUGAGAACAGAGG